AUGGCAGAUGAGAAUCAUCCGGCACAUCUGUCUCCCAGCGAACUGGGCACGAAGAAUUACUGGGAAACCUACUACGCCCGAACCCUCACCCACCUCUCCAGUAAACACCAGCCAAACGCCCGACCAACCCCCACCGCCGACGCAGCUGUCGACUCCUCCGAACCCGAGUCCGAAACCGAAUCUGUGGAUGACGAUGACGACCCAGGCACAUCGUGGUUCUCCGAGCACAACGCCCCCGAAAAAGUCCUCCGCUUCCUAACGGACGAGAGCUUCCCGCUUGCGCCGUGCAAUACCCUCCCCGCAACAUCUACAGCUACAACCACCGCGAAAAAGCCGCUGAGCGAUGAGGAGAGGCGCAGGCAGCCUAGCAUCCUGGACCUGGGGACGGGGAACGGGAGUAUGCUUGCGCUGUUGAGGAAGAGGGGCGGGUUCCGGGGGGUGAUGGUCGGGGUGGAUUAUUCGGCGAGGAGUGUGGAGUUGGCGAGGGAGUUGCAGCGGUUGAAGAUUCAUUCGGCUUAUUUGAGUGAGAGCGAUUCUGAAGGGGAGGAACAAGAAGAAGGGCAGGAGGAGGAGGAGGAUGUGGUUGUUUCGAACGGGGCGGAGACUGCGCAGGCGAUUCCGGUCCCUGAGGAGGAUAAGGAGAUGACGAUCAGGUUUGAGGAGUGGGAUAUUUUGAAUUCGGACGGGCAGUUGGAGGAGGGGGGUCGGCUGGACUGGUUCCCGUAUGCGCAGGGCGGGUUUGAUAUCGUUCUUGAUAAGGGGACGUUUGAUGCGGUUUCGUUGUCAGAGGAGGUGGUGGUUGAGGGGAAGAGCGAGGGGAAGGUGAUCCAGCGCCGUGUAUGUGAGCGGUAUCCCGGUAUUGCGCGCAGGUUAGUGCGCAAGGGCGGGUUCCUGGUUGUGACGAGUUGCAAUUGGACCGAGGAGGAGUUGGUUCGCUGGUUCACAAGCGAGGAGGCCAAGGGUCCUGACGCUGAUCGGUUGGAGGUCUGGGGACGUGUGGAAUAUCCCAAGUUUAGAUUUGGAGGGCAGGAGGGCCAGGGUGUUUGCACGGUGUGCUUCCAGAGAGUGGACUAG